AUGAACAUGCCUCUGGCCUUCGAAUCCAUCCUCUUCUUUGAGCGCAGCAAAUCACAGUUACUGAAAGACCCUCAGGUGCUAUUUGCAGGCUAUGAAGUCUUCCACCUACUGGAACACAUCAUCAUUUGCUUGCAGACCACUCCAGAUUAUAGCCUUCAGGAAACUUUCAACAACACCAUCAUGGAUCUGAUCAGCAGGCUCUCCUUGUUGCAAGAGCAAUUCCCGGUUGCUAUCAAAGACAAACAAGAAGGAAUCGAAUAG